AUGAAGCAUUCGAAGAAGAAGAAGAGGUCUCGACCUACGAACCAAGUCGGCGUCAAAGGCGCUGCACGCGAGGGACAGAGUGAAGAACGCAGAGUUGUUAAGAGUUUGAUGGAAUCUUUUACGUCAGUUUCUAUUGAAGAAGCUUCUUCGGCUUAUCGAGAGGCGAAUGGGGACCCGAGCAAGGCGGCGGAGAUUUUGGGAGAAUUGUUGGAAAUUGCCGAUGAUCAGGCCACGAGUUGUUCAGGUUCGAGCUCAAGUUUGGGUCCAAGCUCGGCGGAGGUGUUUAUGGACGCCAAUUGUGGUGGCAGUGGAGUUCGUGGAAGGGGUUUUAGAGGGACUAAUAAGCAAAAGAAGGUUAUUGCAUCUACAGGGACGGUUUCGACAAUUUUAGGAAAGGAAUAUGUAAGGUCAAGCCCAAGGAAGGAUUCAUAUAAACCACUAAAGGGGUAUGCUUAUGGACCUGCAAACAAAGGAGACGCCGAGCAGUUUUUGUGCUCGAUGCUUGGAGACGACUGUGAACUAAGCAUGGCUGUUGUUAGAGACGUUCUAUGCUGUUAUCUAUCUGUUGGAGAUGGGGCUUCCUCAAAAGAUGUGAUGCCUAUGCUUGAGAUUCAAAACUUGGUGGCUGGAGAUAAUGUUGUCUCCAAGCCUUCUGUUUUUUCUGAUUUUGGGGGUGGUGUGAGUGGGGAAUGUUUCCUCCACUAA